CCCCUUUGAACUCCAGAGAAACUUUCAGCUCAUGAGAGACCUGGACCAAAGGACAGAGGGAAGGCGAGACUCUUUCUACUCCAUUGUUAACGUUACUGUCACAAAAUGCAGCGUGGCUUUGGACUGCAACUCACGUUGGUAGACAGGAGCUUUGCUGUGUCAGAAGUUCUUAAAGAGAGAGAAAGGAAAAAAGAAGAAAAAGCAGCAAUUAACGUCAGGAUCUCUACACUGUAGUCUUCAACCUUACAGAAGCACUAGAUACCAUCUGUGGCCUUCCUUGGAAGUUGAACAAGUUUGGCUGCAUUGAGGCAUUCACUGGGAGCCUGAGGCUACACUGCAGCAGUCAGACCUGAAGGCUGAAAUUGACAAGUUGGCCACUGAGUAUAUGAGUAGCGCCCGCAACCUGAGCUCCGAAGAAAAAUUGGCCCUUCUCAAACAGAUCCAGGAAGCCUAUGGCAAGUGCAAGGAAUUUGGUGACGACAAGGUGCAGCUUGCCAUGCAGACCUAUGAGAUGGUGGACAAACACAUUCGGCGGCUGGACACAGACCUGGCUCGUUUUGAGGCUGAUUUGAAGGAGAAGCAGAUUGAGUCAAGUGACUAUGACAGCUCUUCCAGCAAAGGCAAAAAGAAAGGCCGAACUCAAAAGGAGAAGAAAGCUGCCCGUGCUCGGUCUAAAGGGAAAAACUCAGAUGAAGAAGCCCCCAAGGCUGCCCAGAAGAAGUUAAAACUUGUACGCACAAGUCCUGAGUAUGGGAUGCCCUCAGUGACCUUUGGCAGUGUCCACCCCUCUGAUGUGCUGGAUAUGCCUGUGGAUCCCAACGAACCCACCUAUUGCCUUUGUCACCAGGUCUCCUAUGGAGAGAUGAUUGGCUGUGACAAUCCUGAUUGUUCCAUCGAGUGGUUCCACUUUGCCUGUGUGGGGCUGACAACCAAGCCUCGGGGGAAAUGGUUUUGCCCACGCUGUUCCCAAGAACGGAAGAAGAAAUAGAUAAGGGCUUUGAAUUCUGACAUAGUUUCUUCCACAUCCCCUGACCUGGGCUAGUGGGGAGAGGAAUGCCUGUGCUGGGCCAGAGGGUUCAGGGAGAAGUGAGUGGUGCAGUGUUGUCAUCCUUUCUCCUCCCCUGUCCCCACUACUGGUGCUGAGGCUGCAUUCAAAUCCUGGUAGAGAGGAAUUCCGUAGCCACUAAGGGUAUAUGCUCUCAUCCAGCCCUCCCCCUUCAGAAGGAAGUGGUCUUGCCCACUGUCCUUUGCCUCCAUGCUGAGGUAGGUGCUGUAUUUCCAAGGGAUGGUCCUCUUUACUCCCCUGGCUUUGUAUUUAAGGACUGGGGCAAUAGCAUGGGGGCACUCCCCCAACCCUCCUGAUUCCCUCCACCCUGUGAGGGGCUGUGGUAUAAUAAACUUUCAUUGUUAUCUUCCUUUUUCCAUGGUGGGGGCUCCCCCAGCUUAUCUGGGCUGUAGCCCUAGUUGAAGGGCCACCCCUCCCUCUGUGCCAAGAGGCUUUGUCCUGGCCUUGUGAAUGGGAGAGGGGGCAAGGUGGAAUGCAAAGAAGCCACAUGUAAAGGAACUUGGGUAGGUGAAUAAAAGCUAUACCCAUUG